AUGUCUAGUUUCCAGAAGCCCGGUGCCGGCUCAGUCCUCGAUUACGCCUCCACGCGGUCUUUGCAUGAUGCUGGCUCAUAUUCAGCCUAUGGCCAAUCCCCUUACGUGACCACGUCGCUUGUCCCCUCCCCCAUGGCAGACCAGGCUAGCCAGAUCUCAGACUGUGUGCCAUAUAUGCCCAACAACGACUACGCCAGCUCGUAUGAAGAGUCUCACUCUCCUAUGCUUGGCGCCCGGUCUCGCCAGCUGCCUGAGAUCGUUACAUAUAGUCCCCAGCGCGGUUGCGAGGGCACCCGGGUACUGGUGCAGAUUCAGUCUCCCUUCGACCUGCAUAGCUCCUCCUACGGAACAUUGUAUCUGGUGUUUGGAUCUAAGAAGUGCGAGUGCAUUCCUCACUUUCUGGGCUUUCAGGGUUCAACUUUCCAGUACGGCCUUUCUGUUGAUGCGCCGCCGUUUAUCACCACUGGUUCCCCGUCCUUUGCUGUCCCUCUCCAGGUCUUCAUGGAGACUCAGGGCGAACAACCGGCAUCUCUGCAAGUCGGUGUCUACACGUACGAGCAUGUUCCUCACCCAUCGCCCUCUGGAGAAACCCGAAAGCGGAAGCUCUCGUCCUAUUCCGAUCACCCUGUCUCUGCUGCUCCUUCGAAACGAGCGACUGGACCAGUGAUGCCCAAGAUAGAGCCCCAAGAAAGCUAUGCGUAUCGGGAUCAUCGUUCGGGAUCAUUCCCGAUCGCUCUGCAGCCUCCGGCUGCGAUGACCGGUUUCGUUGCUCCUUUUCACGCUGCUUCGUCUCCACGUACCGGGUCUGGCCACUAUCCAGCGAUUUCCGCAACUCCUCAGUCGACUAUGCGCGCACCAUCUCCUUUGACGCCCGCCUGGAGCCCCUCGUUCGGGUCCGUCACCAGCGAUGUCCGGGCCCCCAGUUUGGCUAUGGCUCACGGAGUCUCCCAGCACAAGGGUCCGUCCUCCAUGCGCUCCUCAAACCCAACCUUGAUCCGUACCUCCACUCUCCAACAGGCCUCCGGACUUGGUCAUAGUCCCGUCUUCAACCCCUACGCCAUUUAUCCGACCAAGGCUAUCCUGAAGCUGAACGGCAACCUGGAUGCUAUGAGUGAUGACUGGAGCAAGGAAGAGCGGGAAUCGCAGCGUCGUCUGGUACAGUUUACUCGCUCUCAGACUGGAAGUACUAUCCACACCGACUUCAAGGCCGUGAGCCCUGAAGAGCGGACUCCCAACAGCAUCUGCAUCAGCUGCAUCCUGUGGGAGGGUAAAGGCGAGUACUAUGUUACCAGUGUGGAUACAAUCUACCUGCUUGAGUCAUUGGUCGCCGUGCGCUUCACCGUUGAGGAGAAGAACCGCAUCCGACGAAAUCUGGAGGGAUUCCGCCCGCUCACAGUUUCGAAGGCCAAGCCAGAUAGCGAGGAGUUCUUCAAGGUCAUCAUGGGCUUCCCUGCUCCCAAGCCGCGCAAUAUCGAGAAGGAUGUCAAGGUCUUUCCCUGGAGGAUUUUGAGCCAUGCUCUACGAAAGAUCAUCGGGAAAUAUUCUGCCAGUUAUUCGUCUACUGCGGGUGCGCUCCCGACGCCAAUCACCAAUUAUGCCAGCCACGGCACUGGGUCAGACUCUGGCACCGAGCCCCAUGGUGCCGGCUCUCCUCAGUCGGUCUCCGAUGCUGGCCCAGUGAGCAACUAUACCACAGCCAUUCACGCUCCAGUAUACACAUCACAACCAGAUCAAUCUUGUGCCUCAUUGACCGCAGCUCCCGAUCUCCGGUCCAUGAUGCCUGCCGCUACUCAGCCGUAUAACUCCAUGGGUCAUUACUCUUAUCCAGCCAUGUGCCAGCCUCAGGGCGCUCACGGCUUGGUAGCCCCAACUCCCCGGGCUUCUUGGGAAAUGCACAUGGGACUUCCAGCUCCCUCCACGGGUGUUCAAAGUAGUACAUGCUACGCCUACAUGGACCCGGCAUACUCUAUUCACGAUCCAGCUUCCGGCGCUUGA